CGACACGCCGCCUCCCUGUGGAAGCAUCGUGAUGGAGGUCUGCGAAUCAUCUAAAGUCUCUCUGAGAGAGUUUGGCUGCGAACAGAACUUAUUAUCUAGACCUGAUGGCUCCGCGUCCUUUGUGCAGGGAGACACAAGUGUGAUGGCUGGAGUGUACGGACCAGCUGAGGUCAAGGUCAGUAAGGAAAUCUAUGACCGGGCGACGCUGGAGGUGUUGAUACAGCCUAAAGUUGGACUGCCAACCGUGCGGGAGCGAUCACAGGAGCAGUGUAUACGAGAGACCUGCGAGGCGUCUCUGCUUCUGUCCCUUCACCCUCGCUCGUCCCUCACCCUCGUCCUCCAGGUGUUGCACGACGACGGCUCCCUCCUGUCCUGCUUUCUGAAUGCGGCCUGCAUGGCCCUGAUGGACGCAGGGUUACCCAUGAGCUGCCUCUUCUGCGGAGUGACCUGUGCCAUCAACACGGACGGACAGAUCAUCACCGACCCCACCGCCGCUCAGGAAAAGGAAAGUCGAGCUUUGAUGACCUUUGCGAUCGACUGCGCCAAACGUCGAGUCUUGAUGUCGUCGACCAAAGGAUCCUUUUCAGUCCAUGAGCUGCAGCAGUGCAUCGCUGUCAGCCAGAAAGCUUCAGAGAAGAUCUUCCAAUUCUACAGAGACUCAGUCAGACGGCGAUACUCCAAAAACCUCUGAUGAAAAAGCCGCCUUCCUAUUUUCCUUUUUUUUUUUUUUUUUAAAGAAAAAAACACACACGAUGGCUGCUGAUGUUCUAAUAAAACAUUUAGCGUGUGCCUUGACGCGGCUCUGCUUGGAUCCAUGCGGCCCGCUGCGCUGUGGGCGGCGUGUUUAUGAGGCGACGCUUUAAACCAUCGGAGUGAAAAGAAACCAGAUGAAUGUCAAACAAGUGCAUUUAUUGGGAUUCAUAGAUUCUCUUUCACUUUAUUAUUUACAAGUAAUACAAGGAUGUGACCUGGGAAGUAACCGAGUGUCUCUUUAACCAACAAAUUUCAUUUGCUGCGACCUUUCAACCUCCGCCGACAGACGCCAUAAAUUGUCCACUUUGCUCGUCGUCCGAAUCGCACCAGAGCCUGAUCAGUCAAGGCAGUCCAUGAUAAAUGCUCCUUAUAAAUGACUGACUGUCGUAUCUUGGCUAUAAAUACAAAUAUCUCUUUAUUUUUGUUGGUUUAAAUGUCCGGUGGAGUUGGAAGUUGAAGGUUCAGGAUUGUCAGAACAGUACGACGCUGUGUGUGGACGGUCAGUGCAGCAGUGGUGGCCGGCGAGGGUUUUUUUUUUACACACAGAGA